AGAUUCUUUCUUCUUCAGAUUCCACACAGGCACAACCAUCUUCUCAACGGCGGCUCAAGGAGGGAGGAUGAGCGGCGGCAAGAAGUUCGGCGGCGGGCGGCUGCCGACGGGGACUCCGUCGCUGGCGUGGUCUUCCGUGGUGGUCGUCGUCUCCCUCCUCGCCGGGGCUUCCGUCGUCCACAACAUCUACAAGCCCGACAUGACCAUUCCGGCGGUGGAGAGCGUCGACGGCGGCGGCGGCAGUGGCAAGGAGAGCUGAGUUUGAAGACGGGCCACGGCCAGCCGGAGUUUGCGCUUGAGAGAGCAUCAGUUGAUCAUUUCUGCUUUCUAUAUGUUUUCAUUCAAACUCUCCUCAGUUGGUAAUUGCAUAUCUUGUGGAUUGUUGGGUUCGAACUGAGUAGCUAGCAAAACUUGUAAACCCUGACUGGGGUUCUCGCUUUCGAUAUCGUCCGAAUGACCCAACACAUGAGUUACAGGUCAAAUUGCUAGCAGCAAUCGACACUCCCUUCAUGUAACAUCCAUGAUCAUAAUACACAGAUAAAUUGUGUGGAUGGUCAACUAUC